UCUGGCACGCCACUGUCCCCUAGGAUUAAUCUGCAAGAGCCAUCUCCGCCUGUGGCACGGGAACUGGAUUUGGAGCUCGAGACCCAAGCCUCCCACCCUAUUGAAGAUGCAGCGGCCGCUCGUCGAGCGAAGCGUGCGGCGAUCCUGGCAAAAUAUGAAGCGCGAACACCAGCCCCAGAAGGCCAGCCCAGCGGCGCAGUCUGUGACGCGUGACUCCGUUGAGCCAGCAGCAGGUAUACCAACUCGUAAUGUGGACAGUGCGCCGGCGAGCGAUGGUCAAGCAACCCCAGAAACAUUUAGCGAAUCCAGGUCGUUUGCACUGGCGAAGGCUGCAGACCAGUCACAGUUGACAAGUGGACAGGCCUCUGUGUCUCUUAACACACCAGCAGACAUAACCUUGGAUGGGGCUUUGAAUGAACUUCAGGUCUCAGCUGCUGAUUAUGAUCCUACCAAGGAUCAUCGCGAGGAUCAAGAACGACGUGCUAGGCGUGACGCUGCUUUAGCAGAUGGUGCUAGGGAAUCUGCGGUCCAGCCUACUACUUCUGUCGAAGUGGAUGAGGGUGAUGAGGAUGAGUUCGAUAUGUUCGCUUUUGGUGAGACAAAUCCAAGGAGGACGAAUAAAGCUCAGAACACUGCUGUUGUGCUGGCUGCCCUCCAGCCUCUCGCGCUUGCAAAUGUAGAUGCAGCUUCGGACCCUGAGGGAUACUAUCAGAUUGUUCUUGGCGAAGCUCUCGACGGAGGGCGAUAUCAGGUUUUUAGCAGUGUUGGUAAAGGCAUGUUUUCAGCUGUUGUUCGGGCACGAAUUGUCCAGGGUGAAAAUUUGGGGAAAGAAGUCGCUAUCAAAAUAAUCCGUGGUCAAGAAUCAAUGUAUAAGGCCGGGAUGAAGGAAGUUCAAAUCUUGAACAAACUUGCUCAAGCAGAUCCCGAGGACAAAAAGCAUAUUGUGCGGCUGGAGCGCACCUUUGAGCAUCGGGGGCAUUUGUGCCUUGUUUUUGAAUCACUAAGUAUGAACUUACGAGAAGUCGUGAAGAGGUUCGGGAAAGACGUUGGGCUGAAUAUCGGCGCAGUUCGUGCAUAUGCAUAUCAACUGUUUUUGGCCCUUUCACUGUUGAAAAAGUGCAACAUCAUGCAUGCGGACAUAAAACCAGAUAAUAUACUGGCAAAUGAGCAAAAAAGUGUUCUCAAAUUGUGCGACUUGGGAUCGGCGGCCGAUGUUUCGGAAAACGCGAUCGCCCCUUACCUCGUUUCAAGAUUUUACCGCGCCCCCGAAAUCAUCCUUGGACUCCCUUACGACUGUGCCUUGGACAUGUGGUCGAUAGGUUGCACUCUCUACGAACUUUACACAGGAAAGAUCCUCUUCCCGGGCCGGACAAAUAACCAAAUGCUCCUCCUAAUUAUGGAGCUCAAGGGUCGUUUCAACAGCAAAAUCAUAAAGAAAGCAAAGUUUGGUGACGUGCAUUUCGAAGACGGUGGAUUGUUCAUAAGUAUAGAGACAGACAAGAUCACUGGCAAGGAUGUUGUUCGCAAGAUUGCCUUCACCAAGCCAAAGAAAGAUCUGCGAGCACGUCUCAUGCCAAGUCCAUCGAGAGUAUCAGACGACGAAGCCAAAUCUCUUUCCUCGUUCGUCGAUCUGUUAGACAGAUGUCUCGCUCUCGAUCCCUCGAAGCGUCUAACUCCGAAGGAAGCACUGAAUCAUCCUUUCAUCCGUGGCGUUGGACUGCUAUAGACUUUGCUAAUCACACGCAGCCCCGCUGUAAACUAUUCCAUUAAGAGAUAUUCCUGUAGUUAAUUUUAGCCCGUAUCGGUCCACCCAACAUAUCAAAGCUGUUUCCAUCAGGUUGCAAAUCUACGAAU